AAAACAAUCCUUUUUAUGAUGAGACGCCUGAUAAGACGGUCAUUUUCCGAAUAGACAAAGAACUAUGGAAUAUCAAUCUCACGCGUAAGGAUAUCAAGCCGACUGACGAAUUUGUUGGAGCAAUAAAAAAAGCGAUUGAACAUAAUCCAACGCAAAGAAAAUUGAAUGAUGUAUUCUCUGAAUACGGGUAUUGGUUGAGUUGCAAAGUUAAAGUGGGUCGUAGGUUAGAACGUUGUACUCAUUUAGAACAUGGACAAGACUAUCAUCCCAAGGACGUCGAAUUACGUCAAAUGGAAUGGCUAGGCGAUGGCGAAAAUAUUCUAUACGGCGGAAUCUGCGAUGAAUGGUCAAAGAGAAUACAUCCAUUCGAGAACGAUCAUUUACUUUCAGCUGACAAGUCUGUAAUAAAAACCGA